AUGAACCGGUUCGAAGACAUUGAGUCUACGGACCUCACCUUCCGCAUCGACACCAACCCCACCGCUGGCGGCGGCCUGGCGCCCCGCCAUUGCACCCUUGUGUACGACUUUGCCAGCGCGUCGUACAACUUCACCAUGCGCGACCCCGUCACGCCGCCGGCCCCAGGCCAGCCGUACGACCGUAUUCCGGAGCUGACCGUACCUGGCAUCAGCGGUGGCCACGUGUCCAUGUGCGACACGGGCCGUCCCGCCGGCCUGUGGGACCUGCAUUUGGGCGCCCGGCUGCGGGUGCUGGGCCGGCAGGUGGUGCUCAAGAACUCGGAUCUCGCCACGGCGCAGUGGCACUCGGGGUACUUCCGUCAGCUGUGUGUGUUGAGGGACAAGCUGCACCAGGAGGUUCAGAAGUACAAGCCGCGGGUACUGCGUCCGGGGCUGGUGGCUGACAAGGGCGAUGUACGGCUUCAGACAGGGCAGCAGCUGCGGCACGUGGCCCUGCAGGUACGGGAGCUCGUAGAGGACCUGCGGCAGUACCGCCCGAGGAAAGACAUGCUGUGGGGCUUAGUCAGCAGGCGCAGGAAGCGGUACGGCGCCACGAAGAUCUCGUACGGCAGCGAGAACAGCGUGGACGACGCGGCGCGUAAGAAACGGUAUCCUGCGGUUAGCCGUCAAUUGGCCAGCGCCGCAGAAAUAGGAAAAUCUAGGCGCGAGCAAGACCUUUCGAUCCGCAUCGCUACUUCAAUCCGCAAUACUGGGCAAGCCACCCACAACACCAUGAACGGUAUUAGGAUUGCCGUUAGCAGUACUGAUGCUGUGCCUGUGGGUUGUUUGAACAAGACAUCAUACAGCCAAGCAGCAAGCCAUGAGGAGCGCAAUAAGGGCCGCCGGGCAAAAAGAAAAGCUUCAGGGAAUGUGCGUGAAUGCAAGCCGGACGCCUUCGGAAGUAACCUCACAGUAAAAGGCACUAUGGCAAUUUGCCUGAAAUCUUUUCUGGACAUAUUUUUCCUUUCUUUUCGUUUCGUUUUGACUAUGUCAACGUCAUAUGGCCCGCUGCUGCCGUUCAUUCUGCUCUUCAAGCUCUUCUGCACGCUCGCUUUCCUGCCACUCUUCCUAUUCCUUCUACCGGUGCUGAUACCUUGGUGGAUUGCAAAGUCGGCCUUCCGUACCCUCACCUGCAUCCUGCUGCUGCCGUUCGCACCUAUCCUCUUCCCACUCAAGGUCCUACGCUGGAUAUUGUGA